AUUGCUAAUUCGGAGUGGAAAAAAAAUCGACAUAGCAUUUCCCUCUCGCUAGUGGGGCUACACUCCGAAGUCCAAACAGGCCCCAAGCCACGAAAGCUGCCACCUCCGCCUCGCGUGGACUGGUCAACUCUCCCCGGCGACCUCGUCCGCCUCGUCUCCGGCCGCCUCCACGACCCGCUCGACUUCCUCCGCCUCCGCGCCGUCUGCCGCUCCUGGCGCUCCGUUGCCGCCUCCCCUCCCCCUUUCCUCCCCUGGCUCCUCGCCCGCCCCGCCUACCCCACCACCGCCGCCCUCUCCUUCUUCUCCCUCGCCUCCGGCGCCGCCCGCUCCGUCGUCGCCCCCUCAUCCUCCCACCGCCUCCUCGACCCCACCCGCUCCCACCUCCUCCUCUCUGACAACCCCCACCUCCUCCUCGUCAAUCCCCUCACCGGCGCUCAACUCCCCCUCCCCUCCUCCCCCUUCCCUGCCUCCAGCCCCGUGAUCCAGGGCUACCUCGUCCCCGGCGCCGACGAGUCCCCCGCGCCCGUGGUUCUCUACAGCGCCGAGAAGCUCUUCUUCCACUUCCGCCACCCCAACCCGGCCGGGGGUGAACCAACAGACUCUGUGGAUGGGUGGACGGAGGUGCCGGUGGCGGGCCUCGUCGCCGAGAAUAUGUACCACGACGGGAAGCUGUUCGUAUGCGACGACCACGGACACGUCACGGCCUUCGACGCCGCCACGCUCGCCGUGGUUGGGGCCAUGCCGCCGCUGCCACCAGCAUCGCAUCCGCGCAGGGAUGCAUUCAAGUGCAUUGCCUUCGUGCCGUCAGGGGAUGAGCUGCUUUGCGUGAUCCGGUACUUCAGGAGGGAUGGUCGUGGGGACUUGUUGGAGGAUUGCGGCGGGUUGGAGGUGUACCGUCUGGAGAUGGAAAUUGGGAGGGAGAGGGUGGAUCAACCACUGUCACCACAGUGGGUUCGGAUGAGGACCAUUGGUAACAGGAUGCUCUUUGUUGGGCUCUACCAGGGAUUCUCAUUCCACGCUGCAGAUUUUGCGGGGUUUAAGGGGGAUUGCAUCUAUUGCUUCAAGUUGGAGAGGGCCAAGAGGUCUAGCAUCUACAGGUUUAGCAUGGAGGAUGGUCGCACCGAAGAGUUGCCCGGGCCAUGGAUGCAUGCUUGCACUUGGUUCAUGCCGAGCUUGUCUUAGCACUUGUCGUGGAUUAACGAGUUGCACAUCGAAGGAGUUUGGAUCUCAUGAAAACUGCAUUCAAUCAGACCUCGGUGCAAGGAACUCCCUUGAAUGCCUCUCAGAAGGAAGCAUUUCCCGGUUCACCUUCCUUGAGGUUUAACAAAAGAUGAAUCUUGUACGACGUAUUGGUGAUGGUACCUCAGUUGAUAUUUGGAGUGAUCAAUGGAUUACUACUGGCUGCAAACAAUUGUGCCUCCCUGAUGAUGUUACUGUGAAGAGAGUUAACGAGCUUGUGAUCCCAGGAAGUAAUUCAUGGAAUGAAAAGCCAAGCCAGCUUAUUUGAAGCCGAUGCAGCUUCUGUGUUGCAAGUACCGACUGGGAGAGGCUUAGAAGAUUUAUUUAGCUUGGCCAUAUGAGAAACAUGGGAAUUAGUCGUCUUGGCAGCUUACAAUAUGUUGGCUAAUGGUAGGAAAGAGGACCAGCACGCAUUGGCUUCUAAGGGACUAUCAUUGGAACGGACACUUGCAGCAAAGCCUAUGAUCUAUCUCUGUCCCUUUUUUUUUUUUGCAAAUGGUCUAUCUCUGUCCUGCUCCUGCCCAAAGUGUAGUUGGUUUGGUUGCUGUGAAGAAUUGCAGUGCAGUUACUCCCUUGUGCUGUAUGUGGGCUUUAUGGAUGGUGCACAAUGACAGAUGCCAUGGAAAGCAAGAAAGGCAUCGCCAUCACUUCUACAAUGCAUCAAACUGGGUACAAGAUACAGUUGCUCAAUUACUUGACAGUUGUGCAAGUAAUUCUGUGGGACAUCAAGUAGCAUAGUGCCAGGAGAUUGAAAACUAACAGAGAUAUGAUCCAUGAAAGUGAAAUGCUGAUGGUGCGCUUAACAACAUCAGGGUUGCCGUGGGUGUGAUCAUGAGUGAUGAAGAGGGUUCUUUGCAAAUUGCUGGAUCCUGGAGCAAGAUUACUUCGUCAUGUUUCUAGUACCCUGGAGACGGAGGCUGACUUGACUCAGCAAACAGGUGACAAGUACAGCGAACUAUUGUCGAAUCUGAUAUGCAGUUGGGGGUGAAGUUGUGGAAGUCCAGAAGAAGGCACCGAGCAGAAAUCCUUCCAACUUGGGGGCAGACAUAGCUCUGGCCCAGAGAGACUCGGGUGAAAAUAGAAGUACUUAGCACGAGUACUCAGCUUCCCCACCUUUGUGCGGAAGAGACCAAUCAUUCUGUUAGUCUGUGAUCAGGGUUGGUUUUUACUGUGCUUGAAUGCCGAUUGCAGUACUGUUAAUCAUCAACGAAGUAUAAGGUUACCAAAGAUCCAAAAAAAGAAGAGAAGAUGAUCCGUUUCUCAUU